AAGGGGGGUGACUCUUCAACAAUAUCUGGCAAAGGUAAAGGGCAAAGGUUAGGAGAGAAAGCUGAUGAAAAGCUGAAAGUUGAAAAGCUAAAAGAAAGGCUGAUGAUAACCGAAAGAGAGAAAGCAAAGAAGAAAAAGAGCCUUUUUAUUAUUUUCCCUCAUGUUGUUAGCUGUAUCUUCUUCUUCUCCUCUUCUCAUAACCCAACCCCAUCUCUCUUUUCUCCAUAGUUUAUCAUGUUCUUAACCUUUUCUCCUUGUUCUUCGUUUUUUUCCCAGCCUAAAACCUAAGAUUUUUUUUUUUUACUGAAUUCCGACUUCCAAAUUCAGAAAUAGUAAGCUAAAAUCUAUCAGUCAUGUUAAGCAAUAAUCCAUCUUCUUCAUCCGACCCGUUUACUUCCUCAGAAAAUGGAAACAAUGCUAAUAGAAGAAAAAGAAGACCCGCAGGAACCCCAGAUCCGGAUGCAGAAGUGGUAUCGCUCUCACCAAAAACAUUACUAGAAUCGGAUCGAUACGUAUGCGAGAUCUGCAACCAAGGAUUUCAAAGGGAUCAAAACUUACAGAUGCAUAGAAGAAGGCAUAAGGUGCCAUGGAAAUUGCUCAAAAGAGAAACCCCAAUUGUUAGAAAGCGCGUUUUCGUAUGCCCAGAACCCACUUGUCUACACCAUGAUCCUUGUCAUGCUUUAGGCGAUCUCGUCGGUAUUAAAAAGCAUUUCCGUAGAAAACACAGCAAUCAUAAGCAAUGGGUCUGUGAAAAAUGCUCAAAAGGAUAUGCUGUUCAGUCUGAUUACAAAGCUCAUCUUAAAACUUGUGGCACUCGUGGUCAUUCUUGUGAUUGUGGUCGCGUUUUCUCAAGGGUGGAGAGCUUCAUUGAACACCAAGAUGCUUGUAGCAUGGGAAGACUCCGAUCAGAAUCACAAUCUUUACAUCCAUCUAAUUGUCUUUCUCGCACAGCUUCAAGUCCUAGCCCUUCAAGUGACACAAAUCUCAGCACAACACCAUGGCCAAGUACUUUGCUCAAAAAUCUGUCGUCCACUACUCAUAAUGCUAAUCAAAGCAUAAUCAAGAAUUCUACAAAGCAACACAAUUUAGAGCUCCAGCUCUUGACUACUACUACAUCUUCAUCUAGCCCAUUUGAUGUCUCGGUAUCCUCUAAACCAAACGAAGAUCACUCAACUUAUAAUCUCCAACUCUCCAUUGGUUCCUCAGAUUUCAACGAGAGAAACGAGUCGUCAGAAAAUGCUACUGCAUUGGAUGCUUUAAAGCUUAAAGAUGAAGCGAGGGAGCAGUUAAAACUAGCAAUGGCAGAAAAAGCAUAUGCUGAAGAAGCAAGGCAACAAGCGAAGAGGCAAAUUGAGUUAGCCGAGAAGGAAUUUGCUAAUGCUAAGAGAAUUAGGCAACAAGCACAAGCCGAGUUAGACAAGGCUAAUGCUUUGAAACAACAAGCUAUCAAGCAAAUAAACUCUACUCUCUCGCAAAUAACUUGCCAUUCAUGCAAACAGAAAUUUCAAGCUCCUCCUUCAGAUGGGAAUAAUUCGUUAACAUUGAGUUAUAUUUCUUCGGCUUUAACAGAAGGACAUCAUGAAGUUGGCAAGAAUAUCAACCAUGCCAAUCAUCUCAAACUUUCUCAACGUUAGUUCCUCAACACUACCUCUAGCUCUAUUGUAUUUUUUUUUUUUUUUUUUUGGGGUUUCUUGCUUAUAUGAUUAUACCUAGAAGUGUAGUGAGAGUGGUAUUAAGAAUAGUUAAUGAGGGGAUAUUGGGUGUUAUUUGUUUAUUUAAUUCUUGCACGAUGACUGUCAUAAUGGUGUUUUUCAGCAAGGCAAUAAUGUGAGAUUUCUCGGUAUCAAGA